CAGGCAUUGUAUAACGGGUGUGACAUUCUGUCACCACACUGUCAGAAGCGUCAAAACAUUCUGAGCAAUGACAAAGAGACCCGAUGUUCCAGCAUUGUAAUGUGUGCACUGCCCAGGUCGGGCAGCCAGAGCGGUGAGGCGGUACAGGUCAGUCGCGUUGAGAAGGUCCUGUCGCUUGGCAAUUUGCCAUUCCCGAUUCUCUCUUCUUAGAGCAUCCGGACGCAAAAGUCCAGGGACGGACAGAUUGCCACACUGCUUGUGGAAUGAGGGAGGGGAGGCGACUCAAUUCUACAAGGGAAGGAAGCAGGCGCGAUUGGGCGAGGGAAGAUAAUCGGAUAGACAGGACCAGCAUCCACCAUUAACUGGACGACACACAAGGAUGCAAAGUAUAACAGAAAUGGCGGAGAUGUCCGGACCGGGACUCGCGGGUGUAUGAUGACCAGCGGUCAGCAAACGACAGGGGAUGAUGACGUCCAGAUCCUGUGUCUGCAAGACUAUCCGACGACCAACAGCGAGGCAGCUGGAGAUGACCCGCAUCCCCGCCAUAAUGACGACGGUAACGAGACUGACUCGUCCUCGACGACAGACGACAUCGACAUCCCGGCACUAGAUGGAGGAUGGGGAUGGGUGGUUCUUGUCGGGUGCUUCACCAUCAACUUCAUCUCGGAUGGAUGUGCCUAUUCUUUCGGCGUGCUGUACACAGAACUGCUGGACUAUUUCCAGGAAAGCAAGAGCAAGACGUCAUGGGUAGGAUCUCUGUUCUUCUCAGUCCCACUGCUGUGUGGUCCCGUGUCCAGCGUCAUCACGUCCAGGGUGGGCUGCCGGACAGCAACUAUUGUGGGCGGGCUCAUCGCAGCCACGGGCUUCCUCUCCAGCAGUUUCGUCCAAUCCGUAGAGGCCUUGUAUUUCACUUACGGCAUCGUUGCCGGAUUUGGGAUGUCCUUACCGUACCUCACAUCCAUCCUUAUCAUCAGUCAGUACUUUAAGAAGCGGUUGGCAUUCGCGACCGGUGUUGCGGAGUGUGGAGCAGGGGUUGGGACUAUUGCCUUUGCGCCUGUAACGGUGGCGCUGUUCUCUGCAUUCAGCUGGCGGGGAACCAUGUACAUCAUGGCGGGCAUCGCUCUCAACAUCGUGGUGUGUGGAGCGCUGUUCAGGCCGAUAAAUGUUAAAAAAACCACUGUUAAUGUGAAUAAGGAUUGCAAGAAAUUGGAAACACGGGAUGGAGAUACAGGAAGCAAACUUCUGGGAAACACGACAGAAGCAUAUGGAGAUGAUUCAUUGUGUUGUGAAAUCAGUACUUGCCCCAACGGCGACAUCAGUUAUGACAAACCAGCAAAACAUUUUACGAAUACUGAAGGGGAGACACUUUGCUGCAAUCCUGACCCACAUAUGCUCCAUGAGACUGAAAACCCAUCCCAAGAUGGCCCCCAUCAUAGCAAUGAUCCUAAUCCUGAAUGUGUGUCUGCCUGUCAUCGACAUCUACGUGGGCUCAACACAUCGCUCCAGCUAGCCAUGUUCAGUCACCCCAUCUUCAUCUUGUUCAUCACCUCCAACUUCAUCCUCUACUUCUGGUUCGACGUACCCUUUGUCUUCCUAGCCAACAGGGCGGUGUUGUCAGGGAUGACAGAGACCCGGGCAGCGUUGUUGGUGUCCGUCAUCGGUAUCCUCCACACAGUUGGCAACCUUGUGUUUGGGAUAGCUGGAGACAUGCAAAGACUCAGUCUUCCCUUGUUGUAUGGCGUGUCCAUAUCAAUUUGUGGCGCGGCCCUGCUAGUGGUUCCUUUCUCCUCAGCGUUCCUUCCUCUGGCCUGUAUAGCUGGUGUGUUCGGACUCCUGUCUGCGUCCAGCGAGGCCCUCAGCUCCAUCCUCCUCAUCGACAUCCUUGGGGAGGCAAGUCUCAGUCAGAGUUACGGCUUCACAAUGCUGCUCAAAGGGAUUGCGAACCUUGUGGGGCCACCAUGUGCAGGAUGGCUGUUUGAUGCGUCUGGUAGCUAUGACAACACCUUCUACGCAGCCGGAACCUGCCUGGUGAUAGCAGGUCUGAUGUACACACCGACGCCCCUGCUGAGACGAUGUAGUAGAUGUCGUCACGCUGACACGAACACGCGGAAGUAAAUGACGUCACGCUAUGUACGGCGUCAUGCUGCCAUUAACGCCGUAACGUAGAUGACGCACCACUGUCACUCCGGCGGUGUAGAUGACUAGCAUCGUGGAACAAAGAUAGACAAUUUAAAUCAGGGACAGGUAGAUGAGCAGGUGACACCCGGGCUUGGGAUUUCAUUAACAAGAAGGCGUCAGCGGUGGGGAGGGGACGGAGGGGUGCGGUUUUGGGUAUAUGGUCAAAAUAGUAGACCUAGCAAAUAUGAUUCAUGGCUUUUACUUCACUGGUGGGCACGGGUGGCCCUGUCGUCUAAGGCACCGUAAUUCGCUGCGCAGGGUUGCGUCCCUUUGGCACGCAAGAAACCUAUGAUCAGUUCGAAUCCCGUUUUACCCUGGGUCCGGUUCCACAAAGCGAUCUUAACGCUGAGGUGGUCGUAACUCCCAUACUUUAACAUAGACUUACGAUAGUCGUAACGUUGGAUCGCUAUUGGAACGGGACUCUUAUAAUGAUUCUAGGUUUGUCAGUGGUAAACGUCUUCAAGACUUCGGGCUUUCCUCCCACAUUCAACUGACAUGAUUUGACUGGAAGAUUGUUCAAAGCGGCGUUAAACCCAGCUCACUCACUGAUUUUCUAAUAACGUCAAUCUAGCAAUGAACUAUUGACAUACUUACAAUACAUCAGUGAGUGAGUGAGUGAGUUGGGUUUAACGCCGCUUUUAACAGUAUUCCAGUCAGUUCACGGCGUGUCAGCUUAAUGUGGGAGGAAAGCCCCAAGUGAUGCAGGUCUCAGACGU